CACUGCGGCCAGCUUCUACGCGACUCCGCUCCCAGCCUCCAAGGCAGGCAAGGCAAGUGCUGGUCGCCCAACGCGGGGGACCGCCGCGCCGGCCGCUGGAGCUGGUAGAGAGGCUGGCGCGGGCCGCUGUGCAGCUGCUCGGCUAGGUGCUUCUGUUGAUCUGGUCAGUGGGGAAUACUAUUCUACAGUUACGCGCGUGCAUUUCCAGUGACCCGUGAUGAGGAACCGGUUCCAGUCCAGUAGACCUCUAGUACACGCUCAUGAUUCUGACCAGGUCCCUUUGCGCUCUUGAAGUUGAAACCCUCUAAAAAGAAAGGGGAAUCUAUAAACUGUAGAUAUCUCAUAUCCCAUCUUUUGCAGUUAAUGAAUGGGGAAAAAGGGGGAACUGAAAUUGGCCUCCCAUCUGCAAGCCCUUUCGCAAAAGCUGGAUGCUUUCUGAAUGGAGGCAUGGGUUAAGAAUACCCCGGCCCUUUAUUCUGCACUUUUUAGACACAGGCCAUCAUCAUACGAGAUUGACAAUAAGCAAGGACUAGCAAGAAGAUGCUGAAGAAAUUGUUGCCAAAGACUAAGAGCAAGAAGAAGAAGGAGGCAGCCUCCUCUGCGAUACCCACGUUGGAUCGGCUCCAUGAGACUCUAGAGAUGCUGGAGAAGAAAGAGCGUUUCCUUCAGAAGAAGUGUUCUGCUGAAAUCGAAAAGGCUAAGGAUUAUACAAAAUCGAAGAACAAGAAUGCUGCAAUUCAGUGUCUAAAGAAAAAGAAGCUGUACGAGACACAAAUUGAACAGCUAUCAAAUUUUCAAUUGCGAGUUCAUGACCAGAUUAUAAUGCUUGAAAGUGCAAAGGCAACUACCGAUACUGUUGAUGCUUUGCGCUCUGGAUCAUCUGCUGUCAAAGCUAUUCAGCAAUCACUGUACAUCGAUGACAUUGAGAACGCCAUUGAUGCGGCAAACGAACAGACAGAAAAUAUGAGGCAGAUACAAGAGGCACUUGCAACACCAGUUGGCGCUUCUGCUGAUUUUGACGAGGAUGAGCUAGAAGCAGAGCUGGAAGAUCUGGAGGAGGAAGAGCUCGAGGAAGAGGAGUUGCCUGCACCUCCAGCGAGGAUAUCUGCGCAUGUGGAACCAUUAGCAAAGCAAACAUCAUCUUCUAUGCAGAGCAGUGAUUUGAGUGAACUGACCAAACUUCAGGCAGAGAUGGCACUUUAGCUGUAGCUUCUAGCUUUGGGAGGGAUUGGCCCGACAUUGCGAUCCCUCUGUUGCUGAUACGAACAUGUGGUGGUCUGAAUAGUCCGUCCUUGGCAUCAUCUGGUGACGCGUAUCCAAGAUUCAAGACGCAGUCAAUCUUGCCGAGCCGUUAAAUGCUGUGGACAUCUGUCCGUCAAGCUUUGACCCCAACGUUCAACUCUUAUUUCAUCGGAUAUACUAGUAUAUACCAUGGAUGAUGGCACGUGUACAUUUGGUUUUUUUUUGAAGAAAUGUGUACAUUUGAUUUGAGCCUUGGACUUGGACCAUGUGAAACCAAACAAAUAGGGUACAAAUA